AAUUUGGUUUUCCGGUUUGGCCGAUUUUUCUCUCGCCCCCGGUUAGACUGUCUCGCUUAGGUGUAGAGCGAUGAGAAGAGUUGUGCAAAGACCUCCCUCCCUUCUGUCUGCAACACUUCACUUCUUUCAACUUCCUAUUUCCUACAACAAUGGCGAAUCACUCUCAAAGUUGUGUCUCACCUCAAACCGCAGAUGGGUUUUCACUUCAAAUUCUCUUCCACCUCCAGAAUGGAUAGACCCUUUCGUUGACCUCUCUGACGUAGCCUCAAGAACCCAUCAAGACCUUAAGCCAUCUCCAUGGGUCAAUCAAAUUCUUGCUCUCUUAGAUGGGUCUUCGAAUAUGGAAUCCAAUUUAGAUACCUUUUGUCACAUGUUCUUGAUCAAGUUGUCACCGAGUUUUGUAUCAUUUAUUUUAAGGUCCACUGAGCUGCAGACAAAACCUGAUGUUGCUAUAAGGUUCUUUACUUGGGCUGGUAAGCAAAAGAAGUACACUCAUAAUCUCGAAUGUUAUGUUUCUUUGAUUGAUGUUUUGGCUACAAAUGGUGUCCUUGAUAGUGUUAAGUCAGUGUUUAGUAAGUUUAAAGAAAUGGGGUUGAUAAUGACUGUCUAUUCGUCGAAUUCUUUGAUUAAGAGCUUUGGGAAUUUGGGGAUGGUAGAAGAGGUGUUAUGGGUGUGGCGAAGGAUGAAGGAAAAUGGGAUUGAACCAAGUUUGUUUAGUUAUAACUUUCUUGUCAAUGGUUUGGUUAAUUCCAAGUUCAUUGAAUCUGCUGAAAGAGUAUUUGAGGUUAUGGAGAACGGUAAAAUUGGUCCAGAUGUUGUUACAUACAAUACAAUGAUUAAAGGCUAUUGUGAGGUAGGCAAAACUCGGAAAGCUUUUGAGAAAUUAAAAGCUAUGGAGUUAAGAAAUGUUGCACCUGAUAAGAUUACUUAUAUGACUUUGAUUCAGGCUUGUUAUGCAGAGGGAGAUUUUGAUUCUUGUUUAGGUUUAUAUCAUGAAAUGGAUGAAAAGGGUUUGGAAAUCCCACCUCAUGUAUAUAGUUUAGUGAUUGGAGGUCUUUGUAAAGAUGGGAAACGUGUGGAAGGAUAUACUGUUUUUGAGAAUAUGAUUUCAAAGGGGUGCAAAGCAAAUGUGGCGAUAUAUACAGCAUUGAUCGACUCAAAUGCAAAAUGUGGUAAUAUGGGAGAGGCAAUGUUGCUUUUCAAGAGGAUGAAAAAGGAAGGGCUUGAACCAGAUGAAGUUACUUAUGGUGUCAUUGUCAAUAGCUUGUGUAAGAGUGGGAGAUUGGAUGAGGCUUUGGAGUAUAUGGAGUUCUGCAGUGGCAAGGGCGUGGCAGUCAAUGCAAUGUUUUAUUCUAGCCUUAUUGAUGGAUUAGGUAAGUCUGGGAGGGUGGAUGAAGCUGAAAGAAUUUUUUACGAGAUGGUGAAGAAAGGAUGCCCACCAGAUUCGUAUUGUUAUAAUGCCCUUAUUGAUGCCCUUGCUAAGUGUGGUAAGAUUGAUGAAGCAUUAGCAUUAUCUAAGAGAAUGGAGGUUGAUGGCUGUGAUCAAACAGUUUAUACAUACACAAUACUCAUAACCGGAUUGUUCAGAGAACACCGAAAUGAAGAGGCAUUAACACUAUGGGAUCUAAUGAUUGAUAAGGGUAUUACUCCGACUGCAGCUGCUUUCAGGGCUCUAUCAACUGGGCUUUGUCUAUCUGGCAAGGUAGCCAGAGCUUGCAAGAUUUUGGAUGAGAUGGCACCUAUGGGUGUUAUCCCUGAGACAGCUUUUGAUGAUAUGAUCAAUAUAUUGUGUAAAGCAGGCCGUAUCAAGGAGGCAUGCAAGUUGGCUGAUGGAAUUGUUGAUAGGGGCAGAGAAAUUCCAGGACGGGUUCGCACUGUUCUGAUCAAUGCAUUAAGGAAAGCUGGCAAUGCGGACUUGGCCUUAAAGUUGAUGCGCAGCAAGAUAGGCAUUGGAUAUGACAGAAUGGGCAGUGUUAAGAGGCGAGUGAAGUUUCGGAUUCUCGUUGAAAGUUGAUUCUUUUUCCAGAUCAGACUCUUUAACUCCUCAGGUUAUAUUUUAAGAGAUGGUAACUCUUCUUCAUUCUGGUGCAUCAACACUUUAUAUUUGAUGAUGAACCUUUGACACAACUGGCCUGAAAACUUGGCCAGUGCAGCAAUUGGUGAAUUUAGAAUGCAUAGUAGGAAGUAUCACAAACAUUUGGGAAAAUAACCUUCUUAUCUCCCUAGAACAUUCGUGAACUCAUACUCUUACUUUUCCACCUGCCAACCAGUAUGAUUACAAACUCCCAGGAUAGAAGGGGAAUUGUGAGGGACUUUUGAAAUCCAAAAUACCCCAGUGCAAUUUAGUGAGGUGCUGUAGGCUAUUAGCUAAACCCAGAAGAACCUACAAAUUUUACCUCAUUUUCUUCUGCACUAAAUGAUCUGUUUCUUUCCACUAAUCUGACACUGAUGACCAUACAAGAGAUCCACACUAAUCAAGGACUGAAGCCUUUAGCUUGUCCACGCUAAUAGCACACCGAGCACCUCUAGCAACAGAGCAGAAGGCCAAAAGAGUAGGUGACUAGGAAAUCUGGCAGCGCCAGGAACACCAAGUUCCUGGAAACACAAGAAUCCCAUGGAUUGCUCCCAACAUUCUGGUAAACAGCAAAUUAUGAGAAGAACAUGAAUUCCAUAAGCUCCAUGAUGACUGCUAUAUCAAGUUAUUAACACAUACAGUGUUUCUAAAUGCCGAAGGACAGAGAGAACACGAGUAUGGAACAGCACUAUGUACGAGAUCCACAAAUAUGUAAGCCGAGCUGAACUCUAGUUCUCUGUUAUGGAAGGUGGAGUUCAGAGAAGCAAAAGUAUCUGUGGAGUUCAGAGAAGCAAAAGUAUCUGUGGAGUUCAGAGAAGCAAAAGUAUCUGAGGUUUGGGGGUGGAGUAGCACGUUGAUACGAAAGAUUAACAGUAGGAGGUCCGUAUGGACCUGAAAGAGCUUGAAGCUUCUGUUGUCUUUCAGACUGUACUAUGAAGAACUGUAUUAUCUGUUAGACUGUCACCCCAGCUGCAGGGAGUUUGAUACCCAGGGAGAGGGAGUGUGAGUUUUGAAUAAUUGAUCUUACUAAUGGGCAAAGAACUGUAAUCCUUGUACCCCUUUGUUCUGGCAUUUGUAAAGGGAUGUGCUCCAUACUUGUUAUCAAGUCAAUUACUGUAA